AUGUAUAAUUUAGAAGUACUACUAUUAGCAUUAAAUACAUUGCCUGAAUAUAAUGGCUUGGUGCUGGGAAAAGGAAUGAAUUUGACAAAAAAUAAUAUUUACAAAAAAUUAUGUAAUUCUGAUCAAUAA